AUGCCGAAAUAUGUGUACAUUAAUCAAGAGAUUUUGAGAAAUAGAGAAAGCUUGGUAUUGUAUGUUACAUGCUACCUUGGUGUACUUGAGAUACUAUUAAUAUAUAUACAUAACUGUGCAUUGGGUUGUACCAAAGAUAUGAGUUCACAAUGCAGAAAGGCACCAGAGUGCAGGUAUCGUGAAUGUUAUGUUAGCACAGUUGAGUUGAAUUGGUACUUAUGCUGCUAUACAUCUCAAGUGCGCAAAAAUAUGGUUAUCUUUUUUUUAUCCAAAGAAGUAUUUGAAGGUUUAUUUGUAAAGGAAUCGAUACAACAAGAAUUAAAGUGGGACUUUGGUAAAGAUAUUGAUUACCAGAUAAAAAUGACAAACAAUGAUCCAAAACAACGUUUAUAG